AUGUCAUUUUUCAAAUCAUUUAAAACCAAUCGUUAUACAGCAUUGGGUCAAGAAGAUGAAAGUGACGGAGCUCCAUUACCACCUCCAGUAACACAACCAGAAGAAUCAAAUUCAUUCAAAACAAAACUACAGAAAUUAAAUCCUUUUAGAAAUCAAUCAAUAUAUUUACAAGACGAUGAAAAUUAUGUUAGUUCUGAUCCAGGAAUGUUUGAAUUAUCUAGAUGGGACAGAAUGUUAAUUUUUGCUUUAUGUUUUGCUGGAUCUUUGUGUUGUUGGCUUAUUUGUAUAUUUUUGUUUCCUAUAUUAAGUUUAAAACCUAGAAAAUUUGCAUUACUUUGGUCAUUGGGAUCGAUUUUCUUUUUAGUUAGUUUUGGAGUAUUACAAGGUCCUCAAGCUUAUUUAAUACAUUUGUUUUCAUCAACUAGAAUUAUUUUCACAAUUGUAUUUGGAGCAAGUAUCAUUAUAACUUUAAUAAGUAGUUUAAGUUUGAGAAGUACACUUUUGUCAAUUGUUUUUGCAGCUAUUCAAUUAUUAUCUGCUGUUUGGUAUAGUGUGAGCUAUUUCCCAUUAGGUAGACAAACUUUAAAUUUAGCUGGUAGUGUUGCCAGAGGUCAAGUAGAUAAUUGGAUUAAUUCAUAA